AUGGCUCUCAAUCAACGCCAAAUUGAAGUCCUCACUAAGAGAGAGGACUUUAAUGUGGUCGGCCGCAUGUCUGGAGAGUCAAAGGCAUCUUUGUCUUCCCAAUAUCGAUGGGAGAACAUCGUCCUGCCAGCUCCUGUGGCGCUGAAUGCCCUCGGUGCUUGCGCUGUCGCCACUGGCUCUCAGAAGGCCAACACCACCCUUGCACCCCCAAGGGAAGGGUUCAAGUACCUGAGUGACUUUGCCGGAUUCAGGCUCCAGGCCAACCUCUCAAAGUCUGUCGACCUAGGUCGGUUUGCCUUUAUGGAGACUGAAAAGCAGAUGGGCAGGAUCAAUAUGCUUUCUGAGGCUGUCUAUGGAAAAUUUGAAAAUAUCCUUGAAGCAAUUUCCGACCCAGAAGGUGCCAGAAGGCUGCUUGGGCGGGAGAUGGAAGCCUGGAAUUAUGCAUCUCGGGACUGUUUGGAUUCCUCCAAGCAGAUGGACGGGAAGUUUCAAGAGUGGAUUAACCAUGCCUCUGAGCUCCAUAGGGCCUGUGUCGCAGCAGAAUCAACUUCCGAGGACCAGCAAAUUUUGAAGGACAUUGAGUCAGCAGUUGCUGGGGCGUCGAUGGACUACCAGCAGAGUAUUUCUACUGAUCAAUUGCAGAAGUCCUUGGAAGCAGCAACUGAGGCAUUCAAAGGGGCUUCUGAUGGAUUCCCCAAAGGCUGGGAGAUCGUGGGUCGGCAAAUUGUCGAAAAGCUGGCAGACAGCUUGGCCACUGCUCUGAACCAAUCCAUGUCUACGCCAAGUGCAAGCAAGCCUAAGGAUCCAAAUGAUCCUGCCUAUAGCCAGGUCGUCCGGGAUCUGAUCUACUGGGAGCUUCUCAGCACUGCAUUCGUUGGCACCACCGAUGGUAUCGCUUGGGACAAGGCUGGCCAGGUCACGACCUUCGCAGCGAAGAUGCUUGCGCAGUCGCAGAAGUCUUUCGGCUCUCUGGCCUCUAGUUCGGAACCUAGCCAGCAGUACAAGUCCGCACUGGAUUCGGCUUGCAGGGCACGUUCACUCUCGCAACUUCCAACAUCUGGCUGA